ACCACCCUUCAAUCUGAUUUUUUUCUAUAUAUAUACCCAAAUAAAAGAUAAAAUAAAUAAUAAAUAAUGAAAAAAAGGCCUUGCUCUGUCAAUCAAUAAUGAUGAAGAUUUUCUGGCAUGUACUGUAGCGAGCAAAGGCAGGGGCAUGGCUCGGUGUAGAGGGCAUGAUUGCUGGCGCAGAGUGCAGGCGUGCCAGCAACGUGGGUUCGGCGUAGCAGGCGGCAAGGGGAUUUGGUGCAGCAGAGGAUCCGGCUUUUGGCAGAAGUAGGAGUGCAGGAUCAAGUGUAGCCUAAAUGGCAACCAGUUGGAAGGGAUACUGCCACGGUCUUUAGUUAAUUGCAGUUACUUGGAAAUUCUAGAUGUGGGGAACAACAACUUGAAUGAUACCUUUCCACAUUGGUUAGGUGUUCUUCCAUCGCUAAAAGUUCUCAUCCUU